AUGGCGGGUGUCUGCGCUUCAUCCCUGAAGCUCUCCCUCCCAAAUGUCUUGCGCAAUGCUCUCCGUUCAGAGUUCGCCUCGGACGUCCAUCAGGGUCCCGCGUCUCGGAGAAUCCUCUCCAUAACGCCUUUCUCUCAAAGCAGAUACAAAACGCAACGACGGAACUUUAGCGCCUCUAUCAAACCCCAACUUUGUCAAUCUGCAAUAUAUCUAUCAGCACAGGACCCUUCCUCCUCCGCCUCCUUUAGUUCUAAUACAGCGCCACUGGGAGGUUCAGAAAAUGAAAUACGCCGUGCCUCGACCGAAGCAAACGCAUCGCCAGAACGGAAUGACACCAAAACCAGCCAUGCGGACUACCUAGCUGAGGCACCUUCCUCCGAUACACCUACCGAUAAAAAGCGCACCAAAUCAUCUCGAUCGAAGAAACGCUCACGCCAUGAAGAAAUCCCUUCCAAUCCCAUGCCUCAGAAGAAACCAGAGAAAUGGCAGCUUCACAAACAAGCCUUGAAAGAGAAGUUCAAGGAUGGUUGGAACCCUUCCAAGAAGCUUUCUCCCGAUGCGUUGGAGGGUAUUCGACACCUCCACGCGGUCGCACCAGAAAAAUUCACUACACCUGUUCUUGCGGAGGAAUUCAAGGUCUCACCGGAGGCUAUUCGGCGGAUAUUGAAGAGCAAAUGGAGGCCCUCUGAGACCGAAAUCGAAGACCGACGGAAGAGAUGGGAGAGGCGACAUGAUCGAAUUUGGGGUCACUUGUCGGAGCUAGGCCUACGACCAAGUACAAAGCGCACCCGAGACUUGACAGACGCAAACCAACUGCUCUAUGGCAACAACCAAAAGAAAGGGGGCAAGGCGUAA